AUGAAUACCAUUGAAUGGAAUCCCAGUGCAAACAGACAUCGGCAAGCUGUCGGCGGAGGCGCCAGUCUUCAGAGACUCGAAGCUGUGGCCGCAUCUGAUGACGCCUUUCCGCCCCUGAAGUUGGCGGUCAUCAAGGCCUUGGGUAUCAUCGAGGUCAUUAAGAAAUUCAACUACAACAAGAGAGCUUGGAUUGCUUGUUCGGAUACUCUUAUUAGGAAGGUCGAGGAGAUCAUUCAGUAUACCUGUCAAUUUCGCGAGGAUCAGGUUCCCUCUGCUUUGCAGUCUUGGCUUGAGGAUUUGCAAGGAACUUUGAGCCAUCUAAAAGAAGAUGUUUCAGAUAUUCACCAGCAGAGUUUGAGGAAAUUUCCCAGCUUUACACAAGAUAAAGAGUAUAUCGAGAAGUUUGAGGGAAAGAUAAAUGAAGCCAUGAGCUCUUUCUGUGUUCUUCCUUGGCAUAAGGAACACUUCCAAAGUAUAUCAAAUAUGAAGACUACUGAACAGGUCAAGACAACAGAGGCCAAUCAAAAUGGUCAAGUAACUGUCUUUUCUGGAGCACAAGAUAUUCAGAUGGACCAUAGUAUAAUUAUUGCUGGACAAAUUGUCCACUAUGACAAUACUGAGAAACUUCAAGAAAAAAUCAAUGGCAUGAUAGAGGAAUCUAAGGAAAAUAAAUGGUUGCAAGAGCUCAGGGCUCCAUUACAUAGCAAACCAUCAGAGAGAUGCAUGCCUGGAACUCGAGUGGAUGUGCUCACAGACAUUGAAGCAUGGGUGAAUGAUCUGAGCAUGCCAAAUAUUCUUUGGCUUUCUGGCAGUCCUGGCUCUGGGAAAACAACAAUUGCUUCAACUGUUGUGGCUGGCUUUGAACAUUUUUCUGGGCAAUUUUUCUUCCACCGUGAUCAGGCUGAGCUUCGAAAUCCAGAUAACUUAUGGAGAUGCCUUGCUUUAGACCUUGCUCAGGGAACCAUUGCAUUGAAAACAUCUAUAGCCCAAGCACUAGAGGCACAGAAAGCUAAUAUCAGAGGCCUUGAUAUCUCGAUGCAAUUUGAGCAUCUCAUUGUCAAGCCACUCCAGGAGGUGUCUCAAAGCUCUGUGAAGCCACUUCUUCUUGUUGUUGAUGCUCUGGAUGAGUGUGAUUCAUAUGAGAAACUCUUACCUUCAUUACAAUCCUGUUCUCAGCUUUCCAAGUCUCUAAAGCUUCUAGUUACAAGUCGUCGUUAUCCUGAUAUUCAGAGUGCACUGGAUUCUGUUAGUUAUCAUAUUGACCUUCAUGCUGGGGAUGAAGUUUCUGAUCAGACUGCUGAUGAUAUUUGGAAAUACUUUACCACAAGAUUUCUUGAAGGGGCUAAGUUAGAUACCUCAGCUCUAUAUCUGAAUUGGCCUGGUCUAGAAAAAAUUUCAUUUCUUGUAGAAAAAGCUGCUGGGCUAUUCAUUUGGGCUAAAUCUGCAAUGGACUUUAUCUUGUGUAAGGGUGGUGACAUCCAAGAGAGGCUGGAAGUUAUAUGUUCAAAUUCUGGAGAAGGGACUGAUGCCAUUGAUACCUUGUACCAUUACAUCAUUUCUGCUGCUUUUCAGGGUCUAAGAGAAACAGAGAAAAAUUCCUUGUCAUCAGUUUUGGGCUCAAUUGUUGUUGCAAAAAAUCCACUUCAUUCCAGUGAUUUAGAACAGCUUCUUGGGGUUCGAGAUGCAUUAUCAAUAAUUAGCCAAUUAAGCCCAAUCAUGUCUAUCAGUGAAACUGGCCAUGUGCAGAUCUGUCAUCAGUCAGUUACAGAUUUUCUGCUUGCUCCAAAGCGUUCUCAAACCUUUUGGGUUGAUUCACAGAAGUACAGCCUAUGUCUUGCUGGAUAUUGUCUAAAAUUUAUGAAUGCAGUACUCAAGUUUAACUUCUUUGAUCUUGAAACAUCACAUGUCUUAAAUGAAGACAUUCCAGAGCUAGAGAAUCACAUUGAGAGUGUGAAGUCUACUGCUUUAGAUCAUGCAAGUCACUUCUGGGCAAUCUAUCUGCAAAGGAGUUCCAAUGAAACUUUACAGUCAGAAGUAAUGUUUCAGAUGGAGAAGUUCAUGUUAGACCAUGUUCUACAUUGGCUAGAAGUUAUGAGCUUGAGAGACACUGUAAAUCAUGCUGCUCAGUUACUGUUGUUGGCUGCAAGCUGGAGCAGGACAUUAAACUGUACUAUAUCAGAUUUUGCAAGUGAUGCAAAUCGAUUCAUCAUGGAGUUUAUUAAGCCAAUAUCUAUGGCAGCACCACAUAUCUAUCUGUCAGCACUACCCUUUGCACCCAAGGAUUCAAAAAUAUCUAUGCAUUUCUUGAAACAUUUUGAGAAAACUUUGAUAGUUCAGACUGGUCAAAUGGAAAAUUGGUCAGACAGGUGUUUUUUAAUACUAGAGGGUCAUAGUGAUUCUGUGAAAUCAGUUGCAUUCUCACCUGAUGGCAUGCACAUUGUCUCUGGGUCCGAUGAUAAAACAAUCAGAGUCUGGGAUUCUCUGACAGGUCAAAGUGUAAUGAAUCCUCUCAAAGGCCAUAAGGAUGAAGUGCAUUCAGUUGCAUUUUCACCUGAUGGCAGGUACAUCAUAUCUGGAUCUGCUGAUAAAACAAUCAGAGUCUGGGAUGCUCACACAGGUCAGAGUGUUAUGGAUCCUCUAAGAGGCCAUGAGGCUGAAGUGCAUUCAGUUGUAUUUUCUUCAGAUGGCAGGUACAUUGUGUCUGGCUCUGCUGAUAAAACACUGAGAGUCUGGGAUGCUCAGACUGGUCAGAGUGUGAUGGAUCCUCUUGAAGGUCAUGAUCGUAAAGUGUAUUCAAUUGCAUUUUCUUCUGAUGGUAGGCAUAUUGUGUCUGGAUCUGGUGAUGGAACAGUCAGAGUCUGGGAUUUUCAGGGGUGUCAGAGUGUCAUGGAUCCUUGUGAUGAUGAAGUAUAUUCAGUUGCAUUUUCUCCUGAUGGGAGGCAUGUUGUGAGUGGAUGUGAUGGUCAUAGUGUCAUGGUUUGGGAUACUUGGACAGGUCAGUGUGUGAUGAGAGAUUCCAGGGGUCAUCCUUGCCCAGUCAAUGCAGUGGCCUUUUCUCCUGAUGGCAAACAUGUUGUAUCUGUUGCUGAUUCUAUUAGAGUUUGGGAUACUCAAACAGGCCAGUGCAUGUUGAGUCCAGAUGAUGGUACAGGUUCAAUUCAUUCAGUGGCUUAUUCUCCUUGUGGAAGGCACAUUGCUCUUGGAUUAUAUGAUGGUACAGUCAAACUCUGGGAUGCUCAGGUUCUGACAGGGCCAAAUAAAACAGAUAUAGCCACUCAUUAUAAGAAGUGGAUCAAACAAGUUGCAUUUUCACCUGAUGGAAUGCACAUUGCUUCUGUAUCUGAUGAUACUACAGUCAAAAUUUGGGAUUUUCUAACAUGUCAGAGUGCAAUGGAUCCUCUGAGAGGCCACACAAAAAAUUCUGGGAUGCUCAGACAGGUCAGAGUUUACUGGGUCCUCUUAGGGGCCAUAAGUCUACAGUUACAUCAGUUGCAUAUUCUCCAGAUUGCAGAUAUAUUAUUUCUGGAUCCUGUGAUCAUACAUUAA